AUGUUUGGGAAGAAGAAGAAACGGCUGGAGAUCUCAGCUCCAUCUAAUUUUGAGCACCGGGUCCACACGGGCUUCGAUCCGCGGGAGCAGAAGUUCACCGGGCUGCCACAGCAAUGGCAAAGCCUCCUGGCGGACACUGCCAACCGCCCAAAGCCCAUGGUGGACCCCUCCUACAUCACCCCCAUCCAGCUGGCACCAAUGAAGACCAUUGUUCGAGGGAACCGGCCACCCAAAGAUGCAUCCAUCAAUGGCCUGCUGGAGGAGUUUGACAACAUCUCAGUGACACGGUCGAACUCCCUGCGAAAAGAGAGCCCGCCAGGCCCCCACCAGGCUGGAAGCACUUCCAAACCCCCCAGCAGUGGUCAUCCCAAUGCCCCGGAGGAGAAUGGCUUCAACCACUACUACUCCCGCUACUCCUGUGACCUGGACACCUCCAGCAGGGACUUCUCUCUGGAUCAUGGCAAGCCAGGUUUCUCCAUGGACGGGGACUGGGCCAUGGGGAGGCACUAUCGAUUCACCAAGCAGAAUGGCCACUCGCACCCCAUACGCAGCCCCUUCUACCCUGAUGCCAUGCCCCAAAAAUCAGACUACGGCAAGCUCCCCCCAGACUACCAUACCUACCUGGAGAGCAAGGGGCGUUCAGCUGAUGAAGUGGCCUCCACAGUGGGGAGCGGGGUGGGCUCCAGCGGCUACUACCGAGCAUCUGUGGGAGGCUCAUCCAGCCAGGACUACAGGGACACUUCAGUAGGCACGCCAUCUCGUGCCUCACUACACAGCGAGCAGAUAAACUAUCCAGACAGUGAGUGGAGCUAUGGCGGCCUGCGGGAUGAAUACGAUAAACGACCCAAAAGUUCUUAUGUGACGCAGACCAGCCCCACACCGGCUAUAAGGCAGAGAUCUCGGUCAGGUUCUGGACUGCAGGAGCCAAACGUCCCCUGUGUGGCCAGUGGGGCUUUCAAGAACCCUCCUCAGGCCCACCCAUACAGCUCCUACACCUACCCUCGCCUCUCAGAGAGUCUCACCAACUCACAGACAUUGGCCAAGGGUGACUACGAGCGUUCAUCACGUGACGGCAGUCCCCAGAUUACGGGUGGUGACACCUACCCCCGAGGGCCUCUUAAGCUACCUCAGAGCCACACCAAGCCACCGGGCUACCCCCCAGUGCACCUGCCCUACCCACCUGUCUUUCACCAUUACAAACCCUCGCCCUACCAUCAUCCCCCCUCCCAGCCCAGCCCACCAUACACCCCCCAGGGGGCCUACUCACAACCUUCAUCACCCUACAUCCCCCCGGGAGCCUACCCACCACCUUCCUGGGGGUCCAGUUCUGACACUCAGCCCUCCAGGGUGUCUCAUGAGCAGUUCAGAGCUGCACUUCAACUGGUGGUCAACCCAGGUGACCCUCGGGAAUAUCUGGACAGCUUUAUCAAAAUUGGAGAGGGCUCCACGGGUAUCGUGUGCAUUGCCAGCGAGAAACACAGUGGCAAGCAGGUGGCAGUGAAGAAGAUGGACCUCAGGAAACAGCAGAGGAGAGAGCUGCUCUUUAAUGAGGUGGUAAUCAUGAGGGACUACCAUCAUGAAAAUGUUGUGGACAUGUACAACAGCUACUUGGUGGGAGAUGAACUGUGGGUCGUCAUGGAGUUUCUUGAGGGCGGCGCACUCACGGACAUUGUGACUCAUACCAGGAUGAAUGAGGAGCAGAUCGCUACAGUGUGUUUGUCGGUGCUGAGGGCUCUGUCAUACCUGCACACACAGGGCGUCAUCCACCGUGACAUCAAGAGUGACUCCAUUCUGCUGACCAGUGAUGGCAGGAUCAAGCUAUCAGACUUUGGCUUUUGUGCCCAAGUUUCCAAAGAGGUACCCAAAAGGAAAUCCCUUGUGGGCACGCCCUACUGGAUGGCACCAGAGGUCAUCUCUAGACUACCUUAUGGGACUGAGGUCGAUAUCUGGUCUUUAGGCAUCAUGGUGAUUGAGAUGGUUGAUGGAGAGCCACCUUAUUUUAACGAGCCCCCUCUGCAGGCCAUGAGGAGGAUAAGAGAUAACCUGCCCCCACGGCUAAAAGAGUCACACAAGGUCUCCUCGGUGUUGCGUUCCUUCCUAGACCUGAUGCUGGUGAGGGAGCCCUCUCAGAGAGCCACGGCACAGGAACUCCUCCAGCAUCCCUUCCUGAAGAUGUCAGGACCCCCAUCCUGCAUCGUUCCCCUCAUGAGACACUAUCGCCACCGUUGA